GAACUCAUUGCUGGUUUAUUCUACUCUGCUGUCCAUGCCACAAAUGUACUUUUUCCAAGCCAAGAUAAGCCUGUUCCCAUGUUCAUGUCUGCAUCUGCUAUCUCCAGCCUGCUGGCAGAUAGAUUAUGCCAGCUGAUAUUGGCAGUAUCAGGUGCUAUAACUGAGGAUCUGCGGGAGCAACUUAACGCUUUCACUGAACAAAUAAGCCUGACGUGUGAGUCCUGCAUGCCGCUGAGGUUCAGCACAAUGCCUCAGAUCCUGUCUACGCCACCGAGGGUCAGAGCGAUGCCUCAGCUCCUGUCUACAAUCCUAAGGGUCAGCCGGACACCUCAGCUCCUGUCUUUGAGGGUCAGCCGGACGUCCUUGCAUCCUUCCUCUGAGGGUCUACCCGAUGGCUCUAAGAGGAUCGAGGAUGUCCAACUUCCAGGUCCCAAGGGCCCUCAAGAGUUCAGGAAGGGACCAGGUCUCGUUCUGGACCUCUGUGACGAAGGGUACAAAGAGGAGCCAUCUGUCGUCCUGGUUCCAGGGCUCAGUGAGGAGGGGUUCGAGGAGGCUCAUAGCCUGCUUCCUGAUAGGGUUUGUCAUGGGUGCUCCUGGCUGCCUGGCUGGCCUCCAAGACUGGGAUGCUGGCCUCCAAAGUCCUCUUCUAUGUCGCCAUUGCCAGCCUCCACGGUAUUUGACUUACUGGUACUGGACUGCACCCGAGGGACGAUCUCUGGGCUGCCGGCCCAAACUCUAUGCCUGUUCAUGACAACCUCCAGGCCGUCCACCUGAACUCUGUUUUGUUUUGUUGUUUUGUUUCCUUUGUUUCCUUAGGUUUAGUUUCUUAUGAUUCUUUUAUUUUGUUCAUAGUGCAUUUUAGUUUAUGUUUAUGCAUUCUUGUUUAGUCCCAGCAAUGUUCUUGUUUCCACAUCCUGCCACAGUCAGCUUGCAAUCAGCUUCACUCGUUCCACCUGCACUUUGCCAAUAAGUCUCCUUGCUUCUCCGUUCUGUUAACUUAUUGCUGGUCUAUUGUGCUCUGCUGUCCAUGCCACAACUGUGUUUUUGCCAAGCCAAGCCAAACCUUUUCCCUGUUCAUGUCGGUAUCUGCUACCUCCAGCCUGAUGGGAGUUUUCUUUUUGUUUUUAUCAAACUUAUUUUCAUCUCACCAUGCUUUACCUGUCUGCAUGUGGGUCUUACUUCAAGAACCACCACUUUGACAUGUA